GAACAUCCUCAAGCAGCAGACGAACCAUGGCCUCCUACUGUGCCCACGGAACGAUAGCGCCCCUAGUUGGGUUGCUACUGCUGAUGGCGUCGUAUUCCGAAGCGUUCGUCACCCCGACGCUGUCCCAGGCACGCGCGCGUCUGAUGAUCUCUGCCGACGUGUCCAGGCGGAGCCAUUCCGCCGCGUUUGAGAGCAGCUGGCCGCGGUUGCCGGCGGCAAGAGCGGGAAGGGGCCGCAGCGGUAGCGGCGGCCUGCGGCCGCGCAUGCAGGGCGCACCGGCUGCGGCGGCGCUCGAGACGAUCGAAGACGCGCAGACGGUGAUCGUUCGAGCGGCAGAGACGAGAGACGUCGAUCCGGACACCGUCAUCGAGGCCAUCCGGCUGAUCGAAAAGUCGGGGGGGAGCAAGAAGCCGCUCGAGGGAAGGGACAGCUCGCAGCCCAAGUUCGACCUGCUCACGGACAACGGGAACUGGCGCCUCAUCUUCACCACCGGGGACGUAAAGACGCAGAAAAAACUCGGCGGAAAGAUUUCGUACGUGCCGAUCAAGGCAGUCCAGGUCUUCAACCCCGACUACACGAUCACGAACGGCGUCUACCUCGGCUCCUUCCCGGUUCUCAAGUUCUCCGGCACUUUCACCUGGGCCGAGGAGACGGCCCGCCUCGAGUUCACCUUCAACGAGGUCGGGGUCCUCGGGCUUAAUUUUCCGUACAACCAGGGGGAGAGCAAGGUGCCGCCGGGUUUCACCUUCAUGGACAUCUCGGACCGUUACGUUAUCGCUCGCGGGGCCGGCGGCGGGCUCGCCCUGUGGCUUCGGCAAGAUACCGUGUAAAAACCGGUGCUUCGUUGAUGGGCCAGUCCAUUGCACCGCAAACGGGGCUGCUCGAUUCGAUGGCAGUGGGGGGAGGGGGGCGCGCGGCAGUGCUGCAAUGUGCCAGCCGGCACUACAUCAGGCACGCGGCACUAUUGAUCCCCCACCGUUCUGUUCACGGUCUUGGGUGUUGAAGCUCGUGAGGGCUCAAUCUUGGCCGGGCUGGAUGCUCUGACGGACGUGCUGGCCGGGUUGUCUUUGGUUGUUCGCGUGGAAUCAGGCGCUGACAUUUCGGAGGGGGGUCCAACCCCCCCCCCUCCUAUGUGACC